GAGAGAGAAGCAGUAAACAAGGCUCACAGCUACCCUGAGUGCACACAGUGAAACUGGAUCCUGGUCUGUGAAUCUCCACCAGGACAAGCGGGAUGGAUCGCACGCUGCUGAUAGGAUCAGGAGCAUGUUAACAGCCCAGUUUGGUUUGACUGUUUACUGCCCUCGAGGAUGAGCAAUAAAUGCCGGCCUUGCCAGCUGUGAUCCCGGGAAUGAAUUAAAAGACAAAGCAAAAGGAGCAGCAAUGGACAUCGAUGUGGACUAUGAGCGGCCGAAUGUCGAAACAAUUAAAUGUGUCGUAGUUGGGGACAAUGCGGUGGGAAAGACAAGGCUGAUUUGUGCCAGAGCCUGCAAUACUACCUUGACCCAGUACCAGCUGCUGGCUACACAUGUACCCACUGUUUGGGCAAUAGAUCAGUAUCGGGUCUGCCAGGAGGUUCUGGAACGAUCGCGAGAUGUUGUUGAUGAAGUUCCAGUUUCUCUUCGACUGUGGGAUACUUUUGGUGACCAUCACAAAGAUCGUCGCUUUGCAUAUGGCAGGUCAGAUGUUGUGGUCCUGUGUUUCUCACUGGCGAACCCAGCCUCACUGCGCCAUGUGAAGACCAUGUGGUUUCCUGAAAUACGUCACUUCUGCCCCCGCACACCCAUUAUCCUGGUUGGCUGCCAGCUGGAUUUGCGGUUUACUGACCUUGAUGCAGUGAAUAGAGCUCGGAGGCCUCUGGUCAAACCCAUCAAACCGACAGAUAUUCUCCCACCGGAGGAUGGUCAACAGAUUGCGCAGGAGCUUGGCAUUCCUUACUAUGAGACCAGUGUGGUUGCACAGUUUGGAAUCAAAGAUGUCUUUGACAAUUCAAUCAGGGCAGCACUCAUUGCGAGACGCCAUCUGCACUUCUGGAAAUCGCACCUUAAAAAAGUACAAAAACCUUUGCUUCAGGCUCCCUUCCUCCCUCCAAAACCUCCUCCAGUUGUCAUAACUGUUCCAGAUACUCUUUUAGUGAAUGGAGAAACACCAACAACUCUCUUUUCUACUCCUCUUUGCCCUGAUGUCAUCUUCAUUCUUCAUGAUGGGCGCCAGAUCUUCGCUCACAGAGUGUACCUGGCUACUUCCUGUUCCAAAUUCUACGACCUAUUCAGUAUAGACUUGAUGCAAAGGCCUUGGAUGGACGGAGGAAAAGGAGCACAAAAUAGAACACAUGGAAAAAAGCAGGCAGGUUACACUAAAAACCUCAAAGUGGAUGAGCCAUGUGGAGACAGUAUUUUUGUGAAGAAUCUACCAGUGUCACAGAAAACUUCAAAGUGCAGUGAGGCCGUGAACCUGCCCAGCCAAGAGAAAGUGAUACAAGUGGCCUUAAAGCAUGGAAAGGAGCUCAGCAAGUGGGGAAGGGGCUUUCUGACUGUUCACCUGGAUUGUAUACAAGAUCCAGUGACUAAAAGAGAUCGAUGUAUGACUGUUGUAACCAUGGACUACCUGAUCCAGAAAGAACCAUUCCAGACAGUACUGGAAUAUCUCUACACGGGCUAUUUGAAGGAAGAUCAGGUGGAUCUGACAGAGGUUGCUGUCAUUGCUGAAAUCCUGGAAGUAUUUGACUUGAGAAUGAUGGUUGCUAAUGUGCUGAAUAAGGAGAGUUUUAUGAACCAGGAAAUCACGAAAGCCUUCCACGUGCGACGUGCCAACAGGAUUAAAGAGUUCCUCACAAAGGGGACCUUUUCAGAUGUUGUCUUCGAGGUGGAAGGGGAAAACAUCUCAGCCCAUAAACCCCUCCUCAUCUCUAGCUGCAAUUGGAUGGCGGCAAUGUUUCGUGGUUCCUUCCUGGAAAGCUACGUUGACAAGGUCCCGGUGCCUGACUGCAGCAGCAGCUGCAUGCGAGCUGUUCUGGAUUUCCUGUACACUGGGCAGAUGGGGUUGAAUGACCAGGUGGAUACCAUGGAACUGAUAGCAUUUGCAGACCGCGUGUGCUUGUCUGGCCUCGUUGCAUUGACAGAGCAGUCUGCUGUGGAGGAACUCCUGCACGCAUCCAAGCAGGGAACUGACAUUGAUGGUUUAGUCUUACAAUACCUCGAGAAGGCUCAGUUGCACGGUGCUCGACAGCUUGCUGACUGGUGUCUCCAUCACAUCUGUACCAACUACAACAGCAUCUGCCACAAGUUCCCUAAGGAGAUGAGACACAUGUCUGCAGAGAACCAGAAGCACUUUGAGAAGUGGCGCUGGCCACCGGUGUGGUACCUAAAGGCAGAGGAUAGUUAUUGCCGGGCAUUGAGAGAACGGCAACGUGAAGAGGAACUCCUGCACAAACAGCGCAUUCGGAGAAAGUGGAACUUCUGGAGAUCCAGCUUCACCUCUCGCUCUUAGAGAAUUUGAACCUCAGAGCUGGUCGCUCCCAUUAACACCAUAAAUGGUCCGACUUCCAUCAGCAACGAGCUGCAGCAGUAAAACAGGCAGAGGGUGACUGAGUGUGUUCCAGAAUGUUCCAGACACUUACGUUAACUGCAAGUUAAGGGCUAUACUUUUUACUGAAAUCCUUUUCAGGGCCAUGUUCUCCUGGGCCCUGCAGAAUAGAAUGAGUCCACGUGCAGAACUCAAAUUCUAUUCUCAAUGAUCCCUCAGUUAUCAUUAACCUCAGACCUGACACACUGUACACCUCAAUCACCUGUUAACCGACUGACUACACACCACGUGUGCCUGAAUGUGACCAAUCAACUGGUAACCUGAAUCUGGGAUUACAAUUCCUGUCUUCUUCCAGAACCUUCACUCAGUAAUCAAAAUUAGCAACAGCACAAGGAGAGCGUUAAUGACCAGCUUGAGAACAAUCUCACUGUCCGGGGACACUGCCCACUGUCCUGGGCACUGACCACUGACCAGGGUAACAGCCCACUGUCCUGGGACACUGCCCAUUGUCCAGGGCACUGACCACAGACCGGGGUCACCACCCACUGUCCGGGGUCACUGCCCACUGUCCGAGCCCCUGACCAGGGACACUGCCCACUGACCGGGGACAUAGCCCACUGACCAGGGACACUGCCCACUGACUGGGCUCGCUGCGUACUGGCCAGGGUUACUGCCCACUGUCUGUGAUCACUGCCCACUGUUCGGGCUCACUGCCCACUGUCUGGGGUCACUGCCCACUGACCAGCGUCACUGCCCGCUGUCUGGGGUCACUGACCAGGGAUACUGCCAACUGUGCGGGGACACUGCCCACUGUCCGAGGUCACUGCCCACUGACCGAGCCACUGACCGGGGGCACUGCUCACUGUCCGGGGUCACUGCCAACUGUGCAGUGACACUGGCCACUGACCGGGGUCACUGCCUACUGUCUGGGUUCACUGUCCACUCACCGUGUUCACUGCCCACUGACCGGGGUCACUGCCCACUGUCUGGGGUCACUGCUCACUGACUGAGCCACUGACCAGGGACACUGCCCACUGUCUGGGGUCACUGCCCACUCACUGUGUUCACUGCCCACUGACUGGGGUCACUGUCCACUGACCAGGGUCACUGCCUACUGACCGAACCACUGACCAGGGACAUUGCCCACUGACCAGGGACACUGCCCACUGACCGGGGUCACUGCCCACUGUCUGGGAUCACUGCCCACUGUCCGAGGUCGCUGACCAUUGUCCGGCGUUACUGCCCACUGACCAAACCAUUGACCAGGGAUACUGCCCACUGACCAGGGACACUGGCCACUGACCGGGGUCACUGCCCACUGUCUGGGAUCACUGCCCACUCACCGGGGUCACUGACCAUUGUCUGGGGUCACUGCCCACUGUCUAUGGUCACUGCCCACUGACCGGGGUCACUGACUGCCCCCUUUCUGUUUGAGAUGGGACUGUUCUCUUGCUGAAACAUUCAAUUUCUGCUUUCUGUACAGUUUAUUCUAAUAUUGAUGUUUACAAGUGUGUGUGUUCACACUAUUAAAGGAAGCCAUCAGCACUUCUGUUUGAUAUAAAACUAUUUUGAUACCUGUGCGAUCUGUGUGUGUAUCAGAAAUCCUCAAAUCCCUUCAGUGUGAAAGCAGGCCAUUUGGCCCCUUGAGUCCAUACCAUCCCUCUGAAGAGCAUCCCAUCCAGACCCACCCCAUACCCCUGUUACUCUGCAUUUCCCAUGGCUAAUCCCCUGUGAA